CCUCGUUACCUCAACUCUCCCUUCUACAUACUCCGACGCAUCAGGCACCACCAGUCGACAAACAUCGAGCCAUCUAUAUCUUGACCCUCGCCCAACUCCCCACGACCAGCCCAUCUGCAAACCCACAACCCACUUCUACUUCACCCACCACAUACCCGUCAUCAUGAGAUCCAAGUUCAAGGACGAGCACCCCUUUGAGAAGCGUAAGGCUGAGGCCGAGCGUAUCCGCCAGAAGUAUUCUGACCGUAUUCCCGUUAUCUGCGAGAAGGUCGAGAAGUCUGAUAUCGCUACUAUUGAUAAGAAGAAGUACCUCGUCCCCGCCGACUUGACGGUUGGUCAGUUCGUCUACGUCAUCCGCAAGCGCAUCAAGCUCUCCCCCGAGAAGGCUAUCUUCAUCUUCGUCGAUGAGGUGCUGCCGCCUACUGCCGCUCUCAUGAGCAGCAUCUACGAGGAGCACAAGGACGAGGACGGAUUCCUUUACAUCACCUACUCCGGCGAGAACACCUUUGGCGACUUUGAGGAGAUGGCUUAAGCCCCCGACUUUCUGACGGUCAAGUCACCUCGCGGCUUCAGAAUGUUCCCGGCGUUUCGGUCUGCUAUGUAACGGUUCAGCACUUUUGGAAUGGGUUUUCACACGGUUAUCGGUCUCCCCCCACGAAGCAGGG